AUGGAUCGCACUAGGCUAACUAACUCAGCAAGUUUUUCAAGAUAUUUGGCUGCGGCAGCCGCAUUUCCCCUGGAAGACUCAAGCAUAGCCGCUUGGCUGAGCAUCUUGCUUUCAGUUUUUCAAGGAUUGAGGGCAGACCCCAUUGCGUUGCCAUUUCAGAUGCUGAACGAAGCAAUGGAGCAUACGAAGGAUCAGGAAGUACGAAAGGAGAUGCUCAGCCAAGCGGCUAUGCUUGAGUCUUCCAGGGGAAAUGCGGCUGCCGCAGCCAAAUAUCUUGAAAAACUUGCUGAAUUCGAUCCGAACGACGUCAAGGUGCUUUGUCGAUUAAUACGCGCCUAUACUGAUUCGGAUCCUAAAAAGGCCGAGCAACUGAGUGCUCAGGUGUUCCCGGAAACAACAGAGGAAAAUAUGGAUGUUGACAACAUUGAAGAGAGUGAUUGGAUUCUCUACGGCGAGAAAUAUAAGCAGAAAAAGGAGGCCAAAUCUGAAGUGGAAGACACCGAGAUUGUGACAAGAAAGCUGAAGAACCGCAAGCGCAAAAGAAAGGUGAAACUUCCAAAGAACUAUGAUCCUAAUGUGCAGCCAGAUCCUGAAAGAUGGCUGCCUAAACAAGAACGUGCUGCCUAUAAAAAGAGGCAGAAGAAGAAUCGUGAUCGGGACAUCGGCAGAGGUACCCAAGGUUCGGCUGCAACCAAUCCCAACGUUGAGUUCACUACGGCUUCUCCAAGCUCGCCAUCACCGAUGGCCACAAUGCCUGAAGGACCGCGUCAGCUGCGUCCUAAACAGCAGCCUAAAAAGAAGAAGAAGCCAUCCAAAUUUUAG